AACGCCACUUGUCGCAUCUCCUCGACGCGGACAUCGUGCUUGCCCACGCCUGAAAGCCGCCCACCUGCUUGUUGUUCGACGGGUCAAGGCAGGCGAACCCAGUGUAUGUGGGAGUGGUUGGGCUUACCUGGGCAUUGCUGAGUCCGGCCCGCCGACCCCGAACGCAGCCGUGGUAACGAAUGGAUUGGCCUCACGUGUCAAAUCGGAUAUUCGAGGCACUGGGGAUUUGUAUGGAGGUGCCAACGGCACAAAUUGUGGGUGCGAACUCGGCCGUGACCCAAGGGGAAUCCACCCACGUCUUGUCGUACGAGGAGCGCAGGCAUUACGGUGGGGCCACCGCGGGGUGGACAGCAUGUUCAACGCACUUUUCGAUUUUCGACCGACCGAGCACAGUUGUGCAUGAUGGCCACCGUGUGCCAAUUCAAAAGGUGUGGUCGUCCAGCUCUCCCCGGCGCAGUCAAGUGCGAGUUCCACAAGCAGCGGAGCAUGUGCAGCGUUCGGGACUGCCGCAACCAAGUCUUUGCCCGCAACCUCUGUGUGCGCCACGGCGGCAAAAAAGCAUGUGUGCAUGAAGGGUGCCAGGACAACGUCCGGGUUGGCGACCUCUGUGGUAAGCAUGGCGUGGCCACUUCACGCAAAUUGUGCAUCCAACCAGGGUGCGAUAAGUUUGCUCAAACGAAACAACGAUGCUCGACGCAUGGGGGCGGCCAGCGCUGCAAGAACGUCGGAUGCUUUGCCCAUGCCCGACGAGGAGGAUACUGCACACGACACAGCUCGCGCAGCAGCCGACUCAACAACAUACUGACCAUCGACGAUGCUUCGUCCUCCUCGACGGCGGAAGAUCCGUUGAUAGAGGUGUCGACGCGAACCGCGUGCCCCCCGUUCGUGCUAUUCCAUAAGUUCCAAGGCACAGCGAACAAACUCAGUCUCAGCGGCAUCUUGAACACCGUUCGAGCCAGCGAUGACCUCUAACAACAAUGAACCGCAUAUUUAAUCGUCCACCCCAGGUCGAGGCCAAUUCGUCAAGAUGAGUGACUGUUAAUGAUACGUCGACAGCUUUCAACGUGAAAUUUCUUGCCAA